CCGCUCCGGGGAAUCGGCUGCCCUCGGCGGCCUCCCUCCGCCUCGCCUCGCCGGCCGCCCGCGGGCGGGGGCUGUAGGAUGCCCGGGCGGGGCCGCUCGCCACCGCCUGCCGCCGCCCACCGGGGGGAAGCCCGGCCGCCGCGCCCGGAGCAGCAGCAGCAGCAGGAGGCGGCGCUGCCUCGGGCCCCCGGCGGCUGCUGGUGAAGGUGCUGCGCGGCUGGCCGCCGCCUUUGUCCCGCUCGAGGAGGAGCCCGGCCAUGUAUCCCCAAGGGCGGCACCCGGCACCCCACCAGCCUGGCCAGCCCGGCUUCAAAUUCACCGUUGCCGAGUCCUGCGAUCGGAUCAAAGACGAGUUCCAGUUCUUGCAGGCGCAGUACCACAGUCUUAAAGUAGAAUACGAUAAGCUUGCAAACGAAAAGACAGAAAUGCAGCGCCAUUACGUUAUGUACUAUGAAAUGUCUUACGGUUUGAACAUAGAAAUGCACAAACAGACAGAGAUCGCUAAAAGGCUGAACACGAUACUUGCCCAGAUCAUGCCAUUUCUCUCGCAAGAGCACCAACAGCAAGUGGCUCAGGCUGUUGAGCGUGCCAAACAAGUCACCAUGACCGAGCUGAACGCCAUCAUCGGGGUACGUGGAGUUCCCAAUCUGCCUCUCACCCAGCAGCAGCUCCAGGCUCAGCACCUCUCCCACGCUGCCCACGGGCCCCCGGUGCAGCUGCCGCCUCACCCGUCAGGUCUGCAGCCGCCAGGGAUUCCUCCCGUCACGGGAAGCAGCUCGGGGCUGCUGGCGCUGGGGGCCCUUGGCAGCCAGGCGCACCUGACCGUGAAAGAUGAGAAGAACCACCAUGACCUGGACCACCGAGAUCGUGACUCCAGCGCAAAUAACUCCAUCUCCCCGUCGGAGAGUUUGAGAGCGAGUGAGAAGCACAGAAGCUCUGCAGACUACGGUCUCGACUCCAAGAAGCGGAAAGCAGAGGAGAAAGACAGCCUGAGCCGAUAUGACAGCGAUGGAGACAAGAGUGAUGACCUUGUGGUAGAUGUCUCCAAUGAGGAUCCCGCCACCCCACGAGUAAGCCCUGCUCAUUCGCCUCCAGAAAAUGGAAUAGACAAAGCCCGGGGGUUGAAAAAGGACGCCCCCAACAGCCCCGCCUCGGUUGCCUCCUCCAGCAGCACGCCUUCAUCCAAGACAAAAGAUCUAGGCCACAACGAUAAGUCCUCCACCCCUGGGCUGAAAUCAACCACUCCCACCCCAAGGAACGAUGCGCCUACGCCGGGGACAAGUACGACUCCGGGGCUGCGGCCGAUGCCAGGCAAGCCAACUGGAAUGGAUCCUUUGGCAUCUGCCCUGAGGACGCCCAUCUCAAUAGCGGGUUCUUACGCCACCCCAUUUGCCAUGAUGGGGCAUCAUGAAAUGAAUGGCUCCCUCGCCAGCCCUGGGGCUUACACGGGUCUUCACAGCAUCCCACCCCAGAUGGCUGCUGCUGCCGCCGCCGCCUAUGGCCGCUCUCCUAUGGUGAGCUUUGGAGCUGUUGGCUUUGACCCGCAUCCGCCCAUGAGAGCCCCGGUCCUGCCCACCAGCCUGGCCUCCAUUCCCGGUGGCAAGCCGGCCUACUCAUUUCACGUGAGUGCUGAUGGGCAGAUGCAGCCGGUCCCUUUCCCGCACGACGCCCUCGCCGGCCCCGGCAUCCCCCGGCAUGCCCGUCAGAUCAAUACGCUGAGCCACGGCGAGGUGGUGUGCGCCGUGACCAUCAGCAACCCAACCCGGCACGUCUACACGGGCGGGAAGGGGUGUGUGAAGAUCUGGGACAUCAGCCAGCCUGGCAGCAAGAGCCCCGUCUCGCAGCUGGAUUGCUUGAACAGAGACAACUACAUCCGCUCCUGCAAGCUCCUCCCAGACGGGCGCACGCUCAUUGUGGGCGGGGAGGCCAGCACGCUCACCAUCUGGGACCUGGCCUCCCCGACCCCUAGGAUCAAGGCCGAGUUGACCUCUUCUGCCCCUGCCUGCUAUGCAUUGGCCAUCAGCCCGGAUGCCAAAGUCUGUUUUUCUUGCUGCAGUGAUGGGAACAUCGCAGUGUGGGAUCUCCACAACCAAACCCUGGUCAGGCAAUUCCAAGGUCACACUGAUGGAGCCAGCUGCAUCGACAUUUCACACGACGGCACCAAACUGUGGACGGGAGGCUUAGACAACACAGUGCGCUCCUGGGACCUCCGGGAAGGGAGGCAGCUUCAGCAGCACGACUUCACCUCGCAGAUCUUCUCUCUGGGGUACUGCCCGACAGGGGAGUGGCUCGCCGUGGGCAUGGAGAGCAGCAAUGUGGAGGUUCUACACCACACCAAGCCCGACAAAUACCAGCUCCACCUUCACGAGAGCUGCGUCCUCUCCCUGAAGUUCGCCUAUUGUGGGAAGUGGUUUGUGAGUACUGGCAAAGACAACCUCCUCAAUGCCUGGAGGACUCCUUACGGAGCAAGCAUAUUCCAGUCGAAAGAAUCUUCCUCAGUCUUAAGUUGUGACAUUUCGGCAGAUGACAAAUAUAUCGUGACAGGCUCGGGGGACAAGAAGGCCACUGUGUACGAGGUGAUCUAUUGAACUGGGCGCUUCUGCCAGGCCGUUGCACUCAGAGAAGGCUGCUGGCAAGAAGGUGGACCUCUGGCGGGUACAAAGGACGCGAAAGGGGGAUGCCCAGGCGUUCCUGGCCUGCGCUCUGCGGAAUUGCAUAACCCUCCUGUGGUUUUUCCCAUCGUGAUCUUGGAGAGUCACUCUGGAUUUGGAUCCCUUUGGAGCUGGAUGGCCAAGUCUGUCUGCUGCAGGGAUUUUCCUAAGGCUUCCUGAUGGUCCCCCGCGCCCCUGGAUUUUCACUUUUUGAUUCACAUGCUUGUGAUUAGAGGAAUUGCCUUCAGCAGAAACGUGCUCUUUUGUUCUCUCCGUAAGACUUGUGGGAAUUGUAAAUAGCUGAUACGUUUAAUAGGGUGAGGGACACUUUCUGGUACCCCGGCUGUGUAUUUUCUUUUUCUUUGGUCUGCUGUAAUUAUAUUCAUUGGUGUUUUUUGGGAGGGGGGGUGGCCAUCCUUUUUCCUCCCCUGCCCACCCUCCAAGCUUCUGUUCGGGGAUAGUCCCUGUGGAUCUACCGCUUAUUAUCCGAUGAACUCUUUUAACUGCUGUUCCUGUGAAUUGUCUGCUCUGUCGUCUUGAGACUCAAAUGCUGUGAUGGGCUGGAGAUUGGAGUACGGUUGGAUCUUUCACCUGAUGGCAGCUCGGACAGAAUAGUCAAAUUCUUCUGUGGUUUUUUUGGGUUGGUUUUUUUUUUUUUGGAACACUUUUGGUUUUGGAGCAAGCAAGAAGUCCACGUCCCGUUGGAUUUCUGACAACGUCCAUCAUCACCUUUGGGCCGAAAUGCUGAACGCAACGUUUCAACAAUUGCUCAGGGAGCCGAGAGAAAAAAAAAAUAAUAGCAACUUGUGUGGGAUUUUUUUUUUACUUCAGUGAAAGUAAAAUAAUAGAUAUAAUAACAUUUAAAUUCAGGUUUUGGGUUUUCUUUUUAAAACAAAGUUUACUAACAUCUGGUUUCUGUACGGUGGGGACCGGGGGUGCAGUUGAGUCGGGUUUUCUGUGGCUUUGGCAAUCUAUCUUUCAGCCUUCGGGCACAAAAAGAAGUUGGGGUGGGGGGAAGAGACCCGUCUUUUGGCAUUUUUGUAUUAAAGGAGUAAAUAAAAUUUAAACACGGGAAAUCUACAUAUUUGUGUAGCAGAAGAUCCUGCCCUGUAAUGUAGCAUACGAAAGAGAUUUUUUAUACCACAUUUUUAUGGAUUAUUUUUUAAUUUUUGAUUUUGAUCUGGUUUAAAAAAAAAAAAGAACAAUCUAACUACGGCUUAGAGGUGGAAAAAACUGCCUGUUUUUAUUAAAGGCUAUGCCGGUGCGUAAAGGAA